CGGUCGCAGGCCUUGCACCCCUGAUUAGAAACGAUAGUGCUACACUUAAUGUCAGAGUGUCAACGUCUUAAAACAGUCACAGUCCUGCCGCGCCAAGCUCACGUUUUGGAAGCUUCUUUGGUACAAAAGAGUUGCCCAAUAACCUAUGUCAAUUACUCUACGUUGUAGACAUCGCCACAGUCUUCCUCGUCGGUAUCUUCAUGGAAAAUUAUGUGGCGAAUUCAGGAUUGACUGCUCAGACAACGUCUUGAUGCAGCUUAAGAAACGUGAAAAUUAUCUGUGGCUCGUGUGUCAGGGGCAAGGCGAAACGGCCUGGCUAGCGGGCAGUGCAGACAAACCAGUAGAGGCAGAAGAUGAUGUUUUCAAGCCAGACACCAGAUUCGCCAACAAAUUUCCUAUUCACAGUCAGAUAGAUUGGGGCCUUGUAGUGGUUCGUUCAGCUCCCACUGUGUUGGGCAGCUCAGGCGAAGAAUCCGUGCGCACCUCUGUUGAAGAGAUGAACGGACAAGAUAAAGCCAUGCCGUCGACAGACAUUCGCCUUCAGCAGUUAGAGUCACCACCCGUAAGCGACCUUAAGGCAAGUGGCGAGUGGUCCAGGCUUCAAUCGAGCUCGUGGCAUGACAACUGCAAACUCUCUGUCGCUGAAAGUGGCUCCUCAGACAUAGCAUGCAAGUCUGUCUCCUUCACCGCAGCCAGUGCUUCAACCUUCCAAGACGCGCCAGCCCAUCUUAUCGUUGUGUCGUGCUCACAGGAGCCAGCGACAGCGGUCUUCUCCUUCACGCCAGCCCGAGCAAGGCGCUGCGCGGAACGGAGAAGCAGCAUGCGUUUGUUGUCUCAAUGCGUCAUCGCCGUGCAGAGGCGCGUGGUUUCGCGAUUUGUGUGCGCGUGAGGGCGACGCUAGGCUGCGUGGCAUCGUGGUCGUCUAAGUGCAGAAGGCGCGGCUGGCAACCAACUCACUACGGGCGCUGGGUCGUGUAGACGCGGCGGUCGGCAGGCUGCACGUGCGAGAGCACGUUGCGUGAGAGCCUGGCUGGCGAGGGCGAAGGUGCAGGCGGCGUGGCGUCGUCGAAGGCGCUGGUUGUGUCGCUGCCAGAGCCGGGCCUGCCGGGGUGCCGGGGGUUCGAAGGGCGGCUCAGGCUGCGGGGCUGGGGAUUGCGGUGGCUGCGAUAGCUGGCAAUGAGGCUGUGAAGGCCGUUCGAAUUCACCUAAUAAAGGUUGGAC